AUGGAACAACAAGGAGGUCAUCAAGAACAAGCAGCAGGACCAUCGAUACUAAAUCCUCCUAAAGUUGUGGUGCCAUCCAAAGAUCAUGUGUUGGAAGAAAAACCACAAAAUGGGAUUGAAGACAGCAAAGGAGUAAAGCCUCCUAGUGCCACUGAAGAUGAAGAACACAAACAGGAAGCAGAAGCAACAGAUGGUGCCACUACAACACAAGGCCAACCUCCGGCGUCUACUGCAGCUGGACAAGUUAACCAAGAAGCGUCGAGUAACACAGGGGAUAACAGUACACCUGCCGACUCUAAUGCUACCCAGCAACCUCCUGCAGCUGCCCCAUCAGCCUCACAAGAAACCAAUUCCACUACUCCGGCUAGCACCGAGAAUACUACCAGCGAAGCACCAACCACUACUCCAUCUACUGUUCCCAACGCGGGGAUCAACACCAUUGCCUCCACCACUGUACAGAAGAACAAGGCUAAUGUUGACAGCAGUGUCAUUCCUGUGUGGAUGCGCACUGCAGCACCGCUACUGAUUGUGGCUGUGUUGGUCUCUGCUACUGUGUACUGA